GGCAUAUUAAUAGUUAACAUCACCAAGCAUGCAACAAUUGUAAAAGCAACCUGAAGCAACAGAGACUAUUGACUCAUCCACCAAGACCCCGACUGACCAGAAGACUUCACUCAGUCAUACUUUAAUCGUUGCUGUGAAGCCGAGUUCUUUGCGUAUGCUGUGUGCUGUUCGUCGCGAGGACGAGUCAGUACGGCGACGUCACAACUUCUGAACUUCAGUCUCUAGCGGGAAUCGCACAAUAGGUAUGUCAGUCUUCACAUCUAUCAGAGAUUCCAACAUAGAUGCUCAUCAAUGGACGCACGUGACUAGACCUAAUCUAGUUGUGCGUCGCACUUGAGUCGUUCGGACUCCCCUGUAAAAAAUCGCAUACUAAUCUAGCCCUCCACAACAACUUUCGCCUAACUUCCGCUGAACCAGGCGUUUAAAGUCAUCCUUUACAAUGUCCCGUAUAGAUUAUAGUAAAUGGGAUAACAUCGACACAGAUACAGAUUCCGAAGAAGAAGAGCGGGAGGCCGCAAGGCUCGCUGCCAAACGCGCAGCAGCUGCUGCUGCAGCCAAGGCUGCUGCUGCUGCUUCUACUGCACCACCCCAGCCGACCCGCGCCUCCUCAACUUCCACACCCACCAGCUCCUCACCCUCCAAAGCAGCUCCUAGCACCGCUCCUGCAGCAGCAGCAGCAGCCACUCCGAAACUACCACCCAGACAGCAACCACCCAGACAGCAACCCGCAGGCAUCCCCUGCACCUACGGACCCAGCAGAGGUGACCCCAAGUGCACCUUCUUUACCGCCACCACCGUCCCUCCGGACCACAGGGUCUUCACCCAGGGUGCCCUGAGCCCGAUAGCGAUGCUGGUGGGGCUGCCUCUACGCAUCUGGCGACUGGAUCCCCGACCCAGCCUCUCUAUUCCGCGGAUCCCGGAGAUGGACAACCAGCGUGUGACCUACCUCAUGAUCGACCCCUUCUCCGGCUUCGCACCGCCCGAGUGGCAGCAGGGCAUCGGCAGCGUCAUACUCGCCAGACAAGACCGCAAGCCACUGCCGCCGGGCCACGUGGAGGCCUUCUGGAUGUUCAUCGACCGGCUGCUGGGGCUGUUCAGCGAGGGAGACCCGGUGGAGCCGGCGGAGGAGAUGACCCCAGCCCGCUGGCGUGAGUUCUACGAGCAGUACCGGGAGGGCAUGCUGGAGGCGCCGGCGCGGAAGCAGGAGUGGCUGCAGCUGGAGCAGGCGCCUUGGGAGCUGUGAGGUCAGGUGGCAGGGGCAGAGCAGACGGGACACAAACCCCCGGGGGUUAGGAGCUUUAGCGCCCGGUGCCCCCCGCAUCGCAAGGAACGUCGGUAUCUUGUAUACCAGCUUGCAACAAUUGUGAUGGGUUGUGCGUGUACCGUAUGCAUGGAGGCUGGGGGCCGCUGGGUUGAGGGUCUUUGGGAUGGGAGGUAUUGAGGAGGCUACGGUACCCAUUCCUCGUUGACGUAUAUGCUGCGGUAAGAUGUCAGGAGCUCAGGACAGGGCUCCCAUGCAUAACUCGGGUACAAGUGUAUACGUGUACUGUAAUUGCCUGAAGUCCC